AUGACACAUGCCAUUGUCACUGUCCACAGUGGUACAGGCUUUUGCCUCACCGGAGUCGAAACUCUGGCACUUGAGGUAUGUAUCCCUCUCCCUCUUAACCCCACUCACCCCGCCUCACCCAGAAAAAAAUUUAGUGACUCUAUCGAUCAUGUAACAGGAUGUGCCAACACACAUGUGCUUUUCUAUAGCACUGCAGAGGAGAUGAACGGGUUGCAAAAUGAUGAUAGGGACGUCCAGGAGUGGUGGAUCAAUGCGAAAGAGGAGCAGGAUGGAUUUGAGAGGAGGCAGUGGAGGAAGGAGGAGGCAGUGGAGGAAGGAGGAGGCAGUGGAGGAAGGAGGAGGCAGUGGAGGAAGGAGGAGGCAGUGGAGGAAGGAGGAGGCAGUGGAGGAAGGAGGAGGCAGUGGAGGAAGGAGGAGAAGCAGUUGCGAGUUAACCAGUAUGGCCCUAGUGGUUUGAACAUAGAUUAUAAGUUGUUAUAUGUGUAG